AUGACGAUUGUCUUUGAUGACAUGCUCCAUAACAUGGUUGAAUGCUAUGUCGAUGACUUGGUAGUCAAAACUAAAGAAAUUGAGCACCAUUUAAAUGACCUUAAACGAGUAUUUGAUAGACUCCAGCAAUACCAACUUAAAAUGAACCCCGUGAAAUGUGCAUUUGGUGUAACUUCUGAAAAAUUCCUCGGGUUUGUGGUGAGACAUAGAGGAAUUGAAAUUGAUCUAGCAAAAAUAAAGGCUAUCACAGAAAUGCCUCCACCUCUCAAAGGCCAAGCACUCGCUGAUUUCUUGGCAGCACACCCUAUUCCUCACAAUAUGGAAUUGCCCGAUGAUCUUCCGGAUGAAGAAGUAUUUGCCACUGAAAUGUCUUUCUGGCAGCUUUACUUUGAUGGAGCAGUAAGGAAAAAUAAUGCUGGGGCAUGCAUUGUAUUCAUUACACUAUCAGGGGGGUUAAUACCAUUUUCAUUCUCUAUUCUUGCAACUUGCACAAAUAAUAUUGCAGAAUAUGAAGCACUGAUUAUUGGUUUGGAAAUAACACUCGAAAUGCAGAUAAGCCAUCUGAGGGUGUUUGGUGAUUCCCAGUUGAUCAUCAAACAAAUAAAUGGGGAGUACGCUGUGAAGAAUGAGAACUUGACUCCAUAUCACGAGAAAACAAAGCAUUUAAUGUCCCAGUUUCAAGACAUCAUGCUAAGUCACAUUCUAAGAUCAGAAAAUGACAAAGCUGACGCCUUAGCUAGUCUUGCAGCAUCCUUAGUUUACCAGAUGAAAGGGGAAUGCAGAUAA